UCUCAGGAAGCAGCACCCGGCCUUCCAGCCACCGCGGGGCUGGGCUGUUGCGGGACUGCGGGAAAGGCUAGCUGCCCUACACGGAAGUAGAUGAAGUGCACACAACAAAAUGGGCGGCCUCCUGUUGUAUUGAUCUUAGAAAUGCCCCAAGGGCUCAGUCCACACUGUACAGUAAUCUUCGGAAUGUGUUUCUGAUCUUCUGAAUUUCAACCAUGUUGUCAAAGUGCUUGCAACAGUUUCUAAAAGCCACAAGCUCCCAUCCGUAUCCAGCGUCAUAUUGUGGGUUAAUAAGCAAACACAGGUUUUAUGGAACUGUGCCAACAGCCAGGUUGCGCAGGCGAGUUGUCAUCACAGGCAUUGGACUCGUGACACCACUUGGCGUUGGGACUCAACUAGUUUGGGAUCGGCUUCUCCGAGGAGAAAGUGGAAUUGUUUCUGUAGUUGGUGAUGAGUACAGGAAUAUUCCUUGCAGUGUAGCUGCUUAUGUACCGAGAGGUUCAGAUGAAGGUCAGUUUAAGGAAGAAAACUUUGUGUCCAAAUCAGAUGCCAAGUCCAUGUCCUCCCCCACCAUCAUGGCCAUCGGGGCAGCAGAACUGGCCCUCAAAGACUCCGGCUGGCAUCCGAAACUAGAAGCAGAUCAGGUGGCUACUGGCGUGGCCAUUGGCAUGGGCAUGGUUCCUCUUGAAGUUGUUUCUGAAACUGCUUUGAUGUUUCAGACCAAAGGUUACAAUAAAGUCAGCCCAUUCUUUGUCCCAAAGAUUCUGAUCAAUAUGGCUGCAGGCCAGGUUAGCAUUCGCUACAAACUCAAGGGCCCCAAUCACUCAGUGUCCACAGCCUGCACCACAGGUGCACACGCUGUGGGAGACUCCUUUAGAUUUAUAGCCCAUGGUGACGCAGAUGUGAUGGUGGCUGGGGGCACAGACUCAUGCAUUAGUCCGUUGUCUCUCGCUGGGUUUGCCAGAGCCCGGGCUCUGAGCACAAACCCACUUCCUAAGCUGGCCUGCCGACCAUUUCAUCCAGAGAGAGAUGGUUUUGUCAUGGGAGAGGGAGCCGCCGUGCUGGUGCUGGAAGAGCAUGCGCACGCUGUUCAGAGAGGAGCCCGGAUCUACGCCGAAGUUCUGGGUUAUGGACUCUCAGGUGAUGCUGGCCACAUAACUGCCCCCGACCCUGAAGGAGAAGGUGCUUUAAGAUGCAUGGCUGCUGCUGUAAAGGAUGCAGGCGUGUCACCUGAGCAGAUAUCCUAUGUCAACGCACAUGCCACCUCCACACCACUGGGUGAUGCCGCUGAGAACAGAGCCAUCAAGAGGCUCUUUAGGGACCACGCCUGUGCCCUUGCCAUCUCCUCCACAAAGGGAGCCACUGGGCAUCUUCUGGGGGCUGCAGGGGCAGUUGAGGCAGCUUUUACUGCUCUGGCUUGUUACCAUCAGAAACUACCACCAACUUUAAACCUGGAUCGUACAGAGCCAGAAUUUGAUCUAAAUUAUGUUCCGCUGGAGGCACAGGAAUGGAAAACUGCGGGUCGAUGUAUUGGACUCACCAAUUCCUUUGGGUUUGGUGGCACUAACGCAACUCUUUGUAUUGCUGGUGUGUAAACAUUGGCUUUUAAUGGUCAUAAAUGUAUAAAUAGUGUGUAUGUAGAUAUGUCUUAUAUCAAUACCUAGAUGACUUCAGCACAAUUGGUAUUUGUGUAUUUCUCUGCUAGGGAACAGGCUGCCCAGUACUUGUGGAUAUUUUACAGCAUCUUGAUGUCUCCUGUGAGAUUUCAGUGGCAACUAGUGACAACCAGAAAUGUCUCUGGAGGACAGAAUAACCUGCACACAAAACUAUUGAUUUAUGUUUUUCUAAUGCACUAUUUCAUCCAUCAUGGUCCUUUUCAGGUAUUUACUUAGAGACUAGCUCCUCUGAGCAAGGCUGUGCUGCUGCUGGUGUAGCUCCAGGGGCACCACUGUCGCCCAGCAUAGAUAGAGACAGAAUACAGUUCGAGUAGGAGUGUGCAUAAUCAGUCAGCAUCCUUUGAGGGCUGCUGUCAGCCAGUGAUGGAUGACCUGUUCACCCCUGCUGUGUACAGUGUCCUGUGUGGAAUUUCCCCAAGCUCCCAAGCUUUCAUUUCUCUGAAGGAGGAAAUAAAACUGGGUUGCCUUUU